AUGAAAAUCUUUAGCAUUUUGGGAGCCCUAUCUAUUGGCAUUAUGGCCGUAAGUGCUGGAAAAUAUGGUGCCGGUGCAGGAAUUGGUGGCAGUCUCGGUGGUGGUCUGGGAGCUGGAAUUGGGGCCGGAAUUGGUGGCUCUUCUGCCAUUGCCAAUUCAAAUGCCAAUGCACACUCACUUGGAGGUCUUGCUGGUGCUCAGGCUGUGGCUAGUGCUGAGGCAAAUGCUAAUGCCGGUGCUGGAAUUGGUGGCAGUCUUGGCGGUGGUAUUGGAGCUGGUAUUGGCGGUGGCCUUGGCAAGAAAGGUGCUUAUAAAGGCUAA